AAACACACCGCCCUGCUGCGGAACUAACAGGAGAGGAGACUUGUAUUCUAAAGGCAAAAACUAGAUUUUUGGUUGUUCUGAUCGAGAGAAAAAAAUAACUAUCUGAUUUAUUCUGUACCGGGGAAAGCUGGAUAUUUCUCCCGUCUUUAUUGUCAUUUGAUUUGGUGGCUUAGUGUGCGUCCAGGAUCCUAAACGCUAUGGAUGUCUAUGGGGAGCUUGAGGACGUGGCCUUGGCGCUGGAGAAGGUGGCGUUGAUGGGUUGCCAUGCGCCCGAAGUUCCGAAUGGAAAGAAAGAGAAUUCGAACACAGACAUACUAAGGAUAAAGGAACAGAUGUCUAAUCAGUGCUUUGAAAUGAUGGUAAAAAUCAGAGCGAGUAAAAGUAAAAUCCAUGGAGAAAGUUCAGAUGCAGAAAAAGAUGAGUCUGAAUAUGAAAAUGAGAUUGAGGAGGCUAAAAUCAGUCACUGCAACAAGACACUGGCCUUGCACAGAAUGCAGGUCUGGAAGGCUGUCUCUGAUAAACUGAAGCAGAGUGAUACAGAGGCUGAUGCAAUGAGGGCAACAACCAAAUACACGCAGGACCUGUGCUCAAAAAUAAUGAAGCUUCAGCAGGAAUCACGUGAACUUCAGGACCAGAUCAUUGGGCUGCAGAAACAGAAGCUUGAACUGAAGAGGCUCACUCACGAGAAGAUGAGGGAGAUGGAGGAGCUGAAGAGGGUGAGGGAGCAUCCGGAGGAGGGGAAGUACAGCAAGGUCCUGCAGAAAGCCCAGUCCGUCCUGGAGAAGUACCAGAAAAUGACCACGGUCACACAGAACGUACUGCGGGGAGUGAUCCUGGCCAGCAGGAUCCACUGGAGAGAUGACCCCAAACUCCGAGACAUCGCCCUUGGGCUGGAGAGCAUGCCGGAUUCCGAUUGAAGGCGUCCGCUUUUUCUCCACCUGUCAGAUUAAAAUGUUAAUUUAUACAACCGUUUUAUAUGUCCGUCUUCAAAUAUUGUUUUGUUAGCUUUAUAUUGCAACCCUUUUGUAAAAAA